CGUCUCCUGUCACUUGCAUACCCGUCUUGCAGCCGUUUGCAGCCGUCUUGCAGCCGUUCCACCAUCAAUAUGGCCUCUCCACAGCAAAUCCGCACGACUCUCACCGAUCUGCUCAAGAUCAACCACCCCGUCCUGCUGGCAGGAAUGAACGUGGCCGCCGGCCCCAAGUUGGCCGCCGCGGUCACCAACGCCGGUGGUCUCGGAGUGAUUGGCGGUGUCGGCUAUACCCCUGACAUGCUUCGCGAACAGAUCGCAGAACUCAAAAGCUUCCUGCAUGACAAGAACGCCCCGUUUGGCGUGGACCUCCUACUUCCCCAGGUCGGAGGAAGUGCCCGGAAGACCAACUACGACUACACCAAGGGGAAGCUCAACGAACUGGUAGACAUCAUCAUCGAAAGCGGCGCUAAACUCUUCGUCUCCGCCGUCGGCAUCCCGCCCAAGAAUGUCGUGGAUCGGCUCCACGCCGCCGGCAUUCUCUACAUGAACAUGAUUGGACACCCCAAGCACGUCCAGAAGUCGCUCGAGGCCGGUGCAGAUAUCAUUUGUGCUCAGGGUGGCGAAGGUGGCGGUCACACUGGCGAUGUCCCCACCACUAUCCUCAUCCCGACGGUUGCCAAGCUGUGCGAGGGCAAGAAGAGUCCCUUGACUGGUCUGCCCGUGCAAGUUGUCGCUGCAGGUGGCUUGUACAACGGUAACUCCGUCGCCGCGGCCCUGAUGAUGGGGGCUUCUGCCGUGUGGAUCGGUACCCGCUUCAUCCUGGCUGAUGAGGCCGGUGCUCCCGUGGCUCACCAGGAAGCUGUCCGCACCGCUGGAUUCAGCGACACCGUCCGUACCAUCAUCUUCACGGGCCGUCCCCUCCGCGUUCGCAACAACGCCUACAUCGACAACUGGGAAAAGAACCGCCAGGCCGAGAUCCGCCAACUCACCGCCAAGGGCGUCAUCCCCGCCGAGCACGACAUGGAGAACCUGCCCGACGACGUCGAUGACGAGACCCUCGAGAACGCCCGUCCCUAUCUGAUGGGCAAGGUGGCUGCCGUGGUGAACGAGAAGAAGCCCGCCAAGGCCAUCGUUGACGAGCUCGUAUCGGACGCCGCUGUGCUGUUGCAGAAGGGCCACAAGAUGCUGGCGAAGCUGUAGUAAAAUCGUUUCUUUUGAUACCAUAUGCGUGCAUUUAAUGUCGGGCAGAUACAGAGAAUUAGAGAUUUUCGGUCUGUGAUUAUCGCGUUGUGUUUCAGGUUGAAUAUUUCGGGUGGCGGGAAGCGAGCGUAUUAUAGGUUUAUGUCUAGGCUGCAAAUGAUAAGUCAAUAGUUUUCGUAUUCGUAUCGG